AUGGACUCCAGCGCUCCCCAGCCGGCAGGGCGCCCUCGCGCGCCCACCAUCACGGUAGACACUGCUGCAAUUGACGCUGGAAACGAUGAUGCCGGUAAUGCUCCAGUGCGAUCGCCCGCGGGACUCUCGUCAAUCAAUACUGACACACUCUCCUCACGAAUAGGCAAUCCAGCCUCUGUAAUCUCUUCUCCCCUCGACGACGCAAACACCCUGGCCGUGCCCCCGUCCAAGUCGAGGUCCGAAUCGUGGUCCUCCUCGCCUACCACGAAAGUCGGGUCUGACCAUGAUCGCGACAUCCACGUCUUUCGACAAGCUCAAAAGGGCGACAUCAACGAGAUCCUCAAGGCCGACCCGGGCGAGGAACACCUCUACAAUGUCGAAAACAACCCUUUUGCCUUUUCCCCAGGCCACCUCUCCAAGCUCAUCAACCCCAAGAACCUGUCGGCCUUUGCGGCGCUCGGCGGACUCCCCGGCCUCGAAAAGGGCCUGCGAACAGAUAGUCGCGCGGGCCUGAGUCUUGACGAGGGGAAGCUCUCGGACUCGGUGUCCUUUGAGGACGCGACUGCAGCGACCAGCCCGUCAGAUUACUCCCCCAAGGCGCCUAAACAUAGCGACACACAGCCUAGUCAGCCAGACUCGCAUGGGAAGGAUAAGUUUGUCGACAGAACAAGAGUCUACGGGCCUAACCGAUUACCGGAGCCAAAGUCCAAGUCGCUGCUUGAACUUGCCUGGAUCGCGCUGCAGGAUCGCGUCCUUAUUCUUCUGAGCGUCGCUGCCGUCGUAUCGCUCGCCCUGGGUCUGUACCAGACAUUUGGAGUUACUCAUCAUGAAGGCGCCAAGAUCGAAUGGGUGGAAGGCGUCGCCAUCAUUGUCGCCAUCACGAUUGUCGUCGUUGUUGGUGCUCUUAACGAUUGGCAAAAGGAACGGCAGUUUCGUAAGCUGAACCAGAAGAAGGAGGAUCGUCUCGUCAAGGUGACGCGAUCGGGCAAACCCAUGUCCAUCUCGAUCCACGAUGUCCUGGUAGGAGAUGUCAUGCUCCUCGAGCCCGGUGAUGUUAUUCCCGUGGACGGUGUAUUCAUCGGUGGACACAAUCUCAGCUGCGACGAGUCUUCAGCCACUGGUGAAUCGGAUCUCAUCAAGAAGGUUCCUGCGGAUGCUGUUCUUCACGCUCUCUUGCACGAGGAUUCGCCCAAGCUUAAGAAGCUUGAUCCCUUCAUCAUCUCGGGCGCCAAGGUUCUUGACGGAGUUGGAACGUUUCUGGUUACGGCGGUUGGACAGCAGUCUAGCCAUGGAAAGACUAUGAUGUCUCUGCGCGACGACCCGGGAUUGACUCCAUUGCAGGCUAAGCUGAAUCUUCUGGCUGGUUACAUUGCAAAGCUGGGAAGUGCCGCUGGUCUGCUUCUAUUCUUUGUCCUUCUCAUCGAGUUUUUGGUCCGACUUCCCAAUAACGACGACACCGGCGAGCAAAAGGGCCAGAGCUUUCUCCGAAUCCUGAUCACCUCCAUCACCAUCAUCGUCGUUGCGGUCCCCGAAGGACUUCCUCUCGCCGUGACGCUAUCUCUUGCUUUCGCCACCAAGAAGAUGACCAAGGAGAACAACCUGGUACGACAUCUGCAGUCUUGCGAGACUAUGGGGAAUGCCACUGUCAUUUGCUCCGACAAGACUGGUACCCUUACUGAGAACGUCAUGACGGUUGUUGCUGGUUCUCUGGGUAAGAAAGGUCAACUGGUAUUCGGCGAAUCCAACUUUGAGCAAGACAACGGCUCGGGCGCAAAGAAGGACGAGGCUCAAGGCACAGACUUGAUCUCUCUCAACCAGCUUUCAUCCAAGCUCGACCCCGAGUAUCAGACCUUUCUCAAGACGGCCAUUACUGUCAACACUACAGCUUUCGAGUCCGAGGAGAAUGGUAAGCAGGGCUUUGUAGGAACAAAGACUGAGACUGCCUUGCUCGACUGGGCUCGUCGAUGCCUCGGUCUUGGUCCCCUGGCCAUCGAACGAUCCAACCAUCCCGUGACGCGCCUCUUCCCUUUCAACUCGCAGCGCAAGUGCAUGGGAGCCGUUGUCGAAGUCCCCGGCCAGACCAAGGAUAAGCCCAAGUACCGUCUCUUCAUCAAGGGUGCUUCCGAGAUUGUCCUUGCUCAGUGCACCACGAUUCUUGGUGAUCCUACAAAGGCCCCUAGCACGGAAACGCUCUCAGACUCCCACAAGGAGGAGAUUCGGGACAUGAUCUUUGCGUAUGCUACCAACUCUCUGCGAACUCUGGCUCUUGCGUACCGCGACUUUGAGUCGUGGCCGCCUGUUCUGAGCUUGAGCCCAAGCUUGGGUAACGAGGAAGAGGAUUCCAAGGAGAUUGACCUGACGGAUCUUGUCAACAACCUGACAUGGAUAGGUGUCGUCGGAAUCCAGGAUCCUGUUCGAAAGGGUGUCCCCGAAGCUGUUCAAGAUUGCGCCACCGCUUCGGUCUCCGUCAAGAUGGUCACUGGUGACAACGUCGAGACUGCCCGAGCUAUCGGCCGCGAAUGUGGUAUCCUUACCGAGGAAAACGUCAAGGAGAAGAACGCCGUCAUGGAAGGUUCCGAGUUCCGUAAGCUCGAUGAGCGAGAACGCGCACAGGUCGUCAAGGGCCUUCACAUCCUGGCUCGUUCUAGUCCUGAGGAUAAGCGUAUUCUCGUCAAGGCUCUCAGAGCUCAGGGUCAGAUUGUUGCUGUUACUGGUGACGGUACAAACGAUGCCCCAGCUCUCAAGGCCGCCGACGUUGGUUUCUCGAUGGGUAUCACCGGAACUGAAGUCGCAAAGGAAGCUUCAGACAUUAUCCUCAUGGACGACAACUUCUCCUCCAUCGUCAAGGCCCUCGCUUGGGGACGUGCCAUCAACGACUCUGUCAAGAAGUUCCUUCAGUUCCAGCUCACGGUCAACAUUACUGCCGUCUUCAUCACCUUUAUUUCCGCCGUCUCGGACGACGAAGAGACGUCGGUCCUCAACGCCGUCCAGCUUCUCUGGGUCAACCUCAUCAUGGACACCUUUGCCGCUCUCGCCCUCGCUACGGAUCCCCCUACCGGAAGUCUCCUCCACCGCGAGCCUGAACCCCGUACUGCGCCUCUCAUCACCAUCACCAUGUGGAAGAUGAUCAUCGGCCAGUCCAUCUACCAGCUCAUCGUGUGCUUCGUCCUCUGGUUCGCAGGCCCCGAUUUCCUCGGCUACCCCGAGAAGGAAUUGCGAACCCUCAUCUUCAACGUCUUUGUGUUUAUGCAAAUCUUCAAGCUCGUCAACAGCAGACGCAUCGACAACCGUCUCAACAUCUUUGAGGGCCUGCACCGCAACCACCUCUUCAUGCUCAUGAUGUCCAUAAUGGUUGGCGGCCAGCUCAUCAUCAUAUACGUUGGAGGCGAAGCCUUUGUGGUGGUCCGCCUCAAUGGCAUUCAGUGGGCCAUCUCUGUCGUCCUGGGCUUCUUUUCGAUUCCUAUUGGUGUGCUCAUCCGUCUCUUCCCCGAUCGUUGGUUCCAGGCUAUCGUGGAUGUUUUGGUCAAGCUGUGGCCCAAGUGGCUUCGUCUGCGGAGGAAGAAGAAGUCGCCUGAGGAUGGCGACGAGACCCCUACAAACCCAGAAGACUACGACCUGGGUGACGCGCUGUUUGGUAUCCGCGAUGAUCUCGAGUUCUUGAAGAAGGUCCGCGGUGGGCGCAUGGCUGCGUUCAGCGAUGCCAUGGCCAAGUCUCGUGAGCUGAUGCUUCUCCAUCGUCAUCGUUCCGAGUCUCGCUCUAGGAGCAAGGUCAGGAGCAGGAGAGGAUCUUCGCGAUCUUCCAACAGACCACCUAUUUCGCCCAUGAUGUCUGUCGUGGGCAUGCCUGGUAUCGUGGCGGCUAGCGUUGGUGGUCUUGGGCCUUCUGGUCAGAGUGUAAAUGAAAGGAGCGAGAAUCCUUAG